AUGAAGCCGCCUCAAGCGCAGCGUGCGGCGGGCCAAGCCGGCGGCCGGCGUCCCGCGGCGUUGCCGGAGGAGGCGGGCGGCUUGGCGGAGGCUCUGGGAGAAUUCGAAGCGGUGCUGGAGGACUUCGCUUGCCCCGCGGGCCGGAGCCGCUUCCACUACGGCGAGCACCUGGAGCGCAUGAAGCGGCGGAGCAGCGCCAGCGUCAGCGACGGCAGCGGCCUCAGCGACUCCGAGAGUGCAGAUUCACUCUACAGAAGUAGUUUCAGCCUCAGUGAUGAAAAACUUAACUCUCCAACUGCAUCUACUCCAAGCUUGCCAUCUCCAUCAGUAACUCCUUGUAAAGCAAAACUUGGAGACACAAAAGAACUGGAAGAAUUCAUAGCUGAUCUUGACAGGACACUAGCAAGUAUGUGAAAUGAAUCUUUGGCACUGUUUGCCUGUGGAUGUCAUCUGAAGGAUAAGUGACAUCAGUCGUGGAAAACUGCUGCCUUUGUCUGAUAACUUUGUUACCCAAUAUAUUCACCUUGUGAACACAACCUAUGUAAACUCCUACAAGUUUUAACUGGCAAACAUCAGUGUUGUUACUUUGCAGCAGCUGGAAUCAGAUAACUUAAAUUUUCCAGCUAUAUUUUACUUUAAAAUAUAGCUUGAAUUUUAAUUUAAAGUUGCUUUUAUGAAAAUAUAUUUGUAAUUUUAUAUAGUUGAGAACUUUUAAUGCUUUUUUCCAUUAUAAUAUAUUUUUAUACAAAUAAACCCUGAACUGAAAUCCAGAUCUCUGAAACUUUCGUAUGAACAUAUGAGCUGUACAAAAUAUGCACUUACUGAAAACAUGGAGCUUGAAAAUAUCUGAUAAGACUGUAUUUUUUAUUAGGCACAAUGUAUUACACUGUCUUCAUACAGAACUUCAUAUUGUUCCUAUCAAAUAGCUUGAGUAAGUAUUUUUUACUGUGUAAAAUUUUAGUACAGUCAGGAAAAUAAAGUUAGUUUUUAUUUAUAUUAAAGGUAAUCUGAAAUAACAUUGACAUAGUAAAGAUUUGAACAAUAACACCAAUUUCGAACCCUGUCUAAAAGCUGUCUUUAAAGUUACAUGUCAUUCUCUAUUAAGUACUAAUUAGGAGGUUAGGAAUUUAGGUGUAGGAGUUUAAAUAGAUACUGCAGCAUCAAGAAAAUG